CCCCGACACCGGCGCUGGCGAGCUCGCCCAGACAUUUGACUUGCUCCAUCUAUUUGAUCGCAUUGUAUUGCCCCGAGACAUACUCCGGCACUUGGACGUGCACGCUCGGCGCCUUCUCCGCACCACUUGCCGGCGCAUGCGCGACGAGGUUGACAGCGUGACCACCUCCCUCACCAUCAACAGGUACAACAUUGCAAAGCUGUCCGCCACGCUGCUUCGCCGCCGCUUCCCCUCCCUCACCCGCCUCGCCUUCGGCCCCGCCGAGCCCCGAGACAUCGCCCGACUGCUGGCGGCGCAGCUCCCACAGCUGGUGGCGGCGGCCGCAGACGUGGUGGCGGCGGGGCCGGGAGCAGGGCCGGGAGCAGGGCCGGGAGCGGAAGGGCAAGCGAUGGCUGUUGUGGCGGCGGGUGUCAACGGCGGCGGUGGCGCGGGCGGCGAUGUUGCCGGCGGCGGCGGCGGCGGCGGCCUGCGGGAGUUGGACUUCAGCGGCUAUUUCGCGUCCAUGUCGUCUGAAUUUUGGGAUGCCAUUGUGCAGCACGGCCCGCCGGACCUGACACUGCGCCUGAACGCCAAUGAGAGCUUGCUCCGCCGCAUGGAGGUGGACCAGGUCCUGGCGGCGCUGGCAGCGCUGCGGCGCGGCCGGCCGCACCUGACCGUGUCCUUCAACACCGGCCACUCCUUUUUCGGAUUCAGAUCCACGGAGCCGCACGUGCUGCGCUUCCUGUCCUCCGCGCCGUACAUCACGGAUCUCGGAUUCAGUGUGGGGCUGCGAGGCCGCGACACGCAGCACGCCGGCUUCUUCGAGCUCCUGGCGGCCGAGCCGGCGGCUGAGGAGCUGGCGGCGGCGGCGGCGGCGGCGGCUGCUGGCGGUGAUGGUCAUGACGGCGGCGGCAGUAAUGGCGGCAGGGGCGGUAAUCGCGGCGGCGGUUUGCAGGGUAAUGCAGCAGCAGCUGGGGCCGGCGUGGGACAGAGAUCACGCACCAAGGAUGGUCAGCAGCCACAGCCUCAGCAGCCUCAGCAGCCUCAGCAGCAGCAGGAGGGGCCUGGGCGGCGUGGCCUGGCCGGGCGCCUGGUGUCCUUAUCGCUGACUCACUACGAGGCGGAGGAGCGGCCGCCGCUGGGGCCGCUGCUGGGCGGGCUGCACCUGCUGACGCGGCUCACGCGCCUCACCCUGGACUGUGAGAUCAGCCUGCAGGAGCUGGCGCCGCUGGCCCCCUGCCGUCACCUCACCCACCUCACAGUAGACCUCCUGCUAGCACGUACAGCCACGGCCGUACGACAUCUAGCCAUGCCGGCGGCCGGGCUGGCGGCGGCGGCGGCGGCGCCGCCAAUGACCGCAGCAGACGAGGCACUGGCGGCGCUGGCGGCGCAUGUGAACGGGCGUGCUGCGGGACUGGUGGCGGGCGGUGGCGGCGGUGGUGGUGGCGAUGGCGGUGGCGGGGCGGUGGUGCAUAUGCUGCCGCCGCAGCACCAACUGCAGGUGGCGGCGGCGGCGGCGGGUGGUGGUGCGCCGCUGAACCCUUUUGAGGUUGACCUUCCAGUGCUGGGUCAGGUGGUCUCACUGACGCUGGGCAGCGAGUCCCACCCCGCUCAGCGCCUGUCGCGGGUCUUCCCCGCCCUCACCGCCCUCACGUCUGCGCCCGCGACACGCAAGGUGGGCGUGUACAAUGUGUUCGCCUGCCCGCCGCUGCUGGGCGGCGCCACGGCCCUGACCCGCCUCAGCCUGAACGCGGUGGUGGCGGUGGAGGGCGCGGCCGCGCUGCCGGCGGCGGCCGCACUCACCUCCCUCACCUUCACGCACGCGGACAACGAGUCAACUCUGGCACUGCUGCGCAACGCCGCCCGGCUCCCGGCGUUGCGUCGCCUGGGCGUGUGGGACCAUGAGGAGGCAGAUGAGUAUCUGGAGCUCACGCCGCAGCUGCUGCCGGGGCGGCUGCGGCAGCAGCUGCGGCGGCGGGAGCUGCAGUUACAGCCGGCGGCGGCGGCGGCGGUACGGGACGGCGAGGGGCAGGCGCAGCCGCCGCCACAGCAGCCGCAGCAGGAGCCGCAGGAGCAGGGUGCAGAGCAGGAGGUGGGGAAGGAGAAGGCGGAUAAUCAGGAGCAGGAGGGGCACGCGGACGAGGAGGGGGAGGGGGAGGGGGAGGGAGAGCCCGAGGGCCCGGCGGAGGUGGAGGUGCUGUGCUACCCGCGUGUCGAAACCCUGGAGCUCAAGGCCACCACCCCCGAGUUCUUCGACGAGUUCCUCCUGUUACUGCGGGCGGGCGCACUGCGCUUCGGCAGUGCCUCUGAUGAUGGCAGCGGCGGCUGUGGCGGCGGGGCUGGGGGCAGCGGCAGUAGCACCCACGGCAGUGGCACCCACGGCAGUGGCAGCGGCAGUAGCAGCGGCAGUAGCAGCGGCAAUGGCAGCGGCAGUAGCAGCGGCCUGCGCACGGUGCGGCUGGACGCGUGCUACGACCCGCCGCUGCUACAGCCGGGUCGGCUGGGGCAGCUGCUGCUGACGCUGGGGCCGGGGCUGGUUCGGGCGGUGGUGAGCGGCUGGGCCACGCCGGGAAGUGAGGCGGCGCUGCUGUCGCUGGCGAAGCGUGUGGGACGGCACCCGGGUCUUUGCAUGGAGUAUGAGUACCCCAUCUUGUAGUUGGUGGUGUGGUGGGGUGGUGGGGUCGUGGAGUGUGGAGGCAUGGGCCUGACGGCCGUGGCAAUCUGAUGGCCAUUCGUGCGGCUGUAGGCCUGUGAAGGAUGAAUGAGGCCUGAAGCACGGAAGAAGAUGCUGUGAAGCUGUUGGCGGAAGGGGAGGCUGGAUGUGCCGUGACUGCCGUUUACCCAUGGUGGAGGUGUGGCUGGAGUGCUGGGAUUUGGAAUGGUGUUUGGUGCAGUGGUGCCCGCUUGGCCAAGAUUACGAAGGGGUUGUCGCUUUCAUACCCGCCGCUGAGGCGCUCCACAAGCGGUUGACCCUAUGAGUGUAGACUCGAGCCCAGACACAGUGUUGUUGCUCAACUUCCGGCCGCUAUGGAGACGCUAGGGAUGCUGGGCAGGGAGGUUUGGGGCAGUUCGGUGGGCAACGAUGCGGUGCCCAGUGCAGGAAAGAAAUGGUCACGGUGACAGACCCAGGAUCCACUCAACUCGCUAACGCCUACAUUGCUUCAUAAUUUGCCUCGACUAUACGUGUAACACUAUAGGCUA